AUGGACGUCAUCUUGAAGCGUGCCGACGCCGACGACGAGUUCUUCGAUCGGCAGCAGCACGAGCGGCGCGUUGGAGAGCAGCGCCGGGCACUCGAGUGCCGGCUCUGGGCGAGACAGUCGCCCUCGUCUCGCUCCUGCAGGCUGCUGCGCACCCAGCUCGUCGGAAGCCGGCUGAGUCUCGAGUCCCUGCGCGCCCGCGCUGCCGCACUGCACGGCAACUUCGAUGAGCUCCACGAGCGCGUCGAGGGGCUUCUGCGCGACAAUGCCGCGCUCCUGCAACGCAUAGGCCCGCGGCCUCCGCCCGGCUUCAACGCAUCCGUGCCGCAGCUGAAACCCCUCGCCGUGGCGGUGGGUGCGCUCUACGACGCCCACGUCUUCUCCACGCGGCAGCCUGGCGAGGCAAUGUCGCAGCGCAACAAUAGAGUGGCCGUGCGCAUGCUGGACUGGCUCUUUGCGCAUCCCUCCGCGCUGAUCUUUGCGGCCGGCAACGACUUUGCGUGGGCCGUGCGUCCUCUCAACGAUCUCAUCGCGAUGCUCCGCGAUCCCGUCGGCGCCACAGAGCGCGCUUGGCAGGCACAGACCGCCCAGUGGCGCGCCUUGUUUGGCCAUGCGACUCUGCUCGUCGUCGUGCUCGGCCUGUGCGCGCGCAAAGUCUACGGGCCGGCGGUGGAUCUCUACUUUCUCGCGUCGGACAAGCUCCUCGUCGACCCAGACCGGCCGCGCGCAGAGGCAGUGCUGCCCGAGCUCGUACGCAGGCGCAUGUUGCAGCGCAUGUCUUUUGCAAAGGAAGACACGCUCGCCUGGCAGAUGACCAGGGAGAUUGAGCGACGAGCACCCUCGGGCGCUCUCGAGCGCCUAGAGCAGGGCACAUUGCGCGCUCUCGGCACGCACUACGCAAGGCACACCCAGUCGAGCAGGGUCUCGGCCAUUCUCGCCGUCCUCGCUACGCACGAAGAUAGAGAUCUCGCCGCCUAUGCCUUUCACGUCCGCAUGCUCUGCGCCGUGCGGAGCGGCGACGUCGCAGAGUGCCAGCGUGUGGCGGCAACACGCUACGACUUGGACCCACAGCCCGGUCUUCCUCCGAAGCCCGGACUCCUCGCGCUCACGCAGGAGGUGGCGGGAGACCUGCUGCGAGCGACCCUCCGCAAAGGCGACAUUGUCGGCGCCGAAGAGUGGCUUGAGCGGCAUGCGGCCCUGGGCAUCAGGCCGAGCAGACCCGCCUUCAACGGCCUGCUGACUGCCUAUGCAAGGCGCGGAGACGUCACGUCUGCGAUCUCGCUCUUCGAAGACAUGACGGCUGCCGGGACAGUGCCGGACAAGGCCUCCUACACUGCCCUGAUUGUGCUCUUCGGCGUGCGCAAGGAUGCCGAGAGCGCCAGCCGCGCGAUGCGUGCCAUGCGCGCCGCCGGGCUGCGUGCAGACCGCGUGGCAUACGGCGCUCUGCUCGACGCCUUCGUCGAGUCUGCCGCGUGGGACCGGGUCGUCGAGCUGUACAACUGGCUGGCGUCGCAGCCCAGCCCGGAGCUCCGGCCGAUGGCGGGUGCUGCGAAUGCGCUGCUCAAGUCGCACGUGCUGCGAGCGUCGCCGCUGCAGACGGUCUUGGCUCUGUUUGACGAGAUGCGGCUCACCGGCAUCCAGCCCGACGCACGGACCUACUCGCUUCUGCUGCAAAGCGCAGCCGAUGCCGGCGACAUUGAGCAGGCAGAGGACAUCUUCACCGAGCUGGAGCGAGUGCUGCCCCACGACCCCGACUCGCAGCCGGGCGGCGCCGAGAUGCAUCACUUCACCAUCAUGAUGCACACCUACCUGCGCCGCGGCGAAGUCGACACCGCGCGCUCGUACUACGAGGAAAUGCGGCAGCGCGGCAUCGAGCCCAACGCCGUGACGUGGAGCAUCCUGAUCGAGACGUACAUCAGGGCCGACGACGAGGACGGCCUGCUGGUCGCCGCCGAGCUCGCGAAUCGGCUCGCAGACGAGGCCGAGACUCCAGCGGCGCAGCGCCCGGUCUGGCAGCGGCCGUCCAUCCAGGAGGGCCAGCCUCUCGAGCCAAUCUACGGUCCGCUGCUCGCGGCUGCCGCUCGCCGAGGCGAUGCGCAGGAAGCUCAGCGGAUCAUCCUGCUGCUCGUCAACGCCGGCACGGCCGUCUCGAUCCCGUUCUGGACCAUGCUGCUGGAUGCGCACCGCUCUGGCGGCGACUUUGCCGGCUGCGACCGCGUCUGGGCGCACAUCUACCAGCAGGCGCUGGACAUGACGAGCGCGAACCUCAGCGUCGUCUUUGGUCCGCCCAGCAAGGGACUAGCCAAGGCCACUCGUGCAGUCACUGGCUUCGAGCUGAUGGGCGCCGAGCCCCCGAGCAGCAGCGAUCAUCGCGAGCCGGCGCGGCGCAAUUUGCUGUGUCUGCCGCUCUCGAUCAUGCUCGACGUCCUCUCGCGCAGCGGGCGCCACGUCGAAGUCGUGCAGCUGUGGGCGCAGCUCCAGCGCGACGGCUUCGGCUUCGAUCCGCACAAUUGGAACCACUUGUGCGUGGCGCUCGUCCGCGCCGGGCGCUACGAGGAGGCGAUGCGCGUGAUCAACGACGUGCUCGCCGAGGCAGGUCCGCACGACCGGCACCCGGCGAGGGCCCGUCGACCUCAGCAGCUGGACUCCGCGGGCGGGCAAGACGGGAUGCUCUUGGGUCUGGGACGUCCCGACAUCGCAGCGGUCAGCCAGGCCGAGGGCGUGGCGACGCCGAGUCGGCCACCUAGUCGUCGCCACCAAGGGCGCGGCGCACAUGACGGCGCAGUCGAUUCCUACGACGCGUCCCAGCACGAGGAGUCAGCCGAGCCCAAGGAAGAUCCGGAUCCGCCGGGCGAGCUCUCCGAGAUGGCGGAAUCUCUGCUGGAGCGCGCUCCGUCGUACUGGUACCCCCACUUCGACACCAUGCAGGCCCUCGCCGGCGGCCUCGACGAGAUGCGCCGAAGCGUGCCGACGCGCGCCAGCAGCGACGAGAGCAGUGUCGUCGAGCAGGAUCCGCGCACCAGGUAUCGACGUCUCAUGCAGACGUACCCGCGUGCUGCCGACCAGCUCGCCGAGCACGGCCUGCGAGUGCAGCGCAUCGAGCAGAGUUACGCGAACAACGAGAAGCGUGCCGCCUGGGCAGCAGAGGCCGCGCGCGCCGCGCGCCUCGAGGAAUGA